GCGAUCUUUACUUCUAUCUUGCGAAGGAGAAAGUGACCAUUUUUGGACCACGUUUCACUCUAUUCCUGAGGGACAUAUGCCUCAGUGACCGGGGAGCUAUCUUAUUCCAAAUGUACAUGGAGCUUCUGCCCGUCGGGAAACUGGUCCUAAUAAGCCUGUCCACGCAGCUGCAAUCGCAUCGUAUUCGAGCAACUUGCAGCGCGUAUCGCCUUUGACUUCACCGUACGUAUCAACGCCAUAUCUCUCUUGACCGAAGAAAAAAGCGAACGGAGCCUGCCACGCGACAAGCCGCCGAGGGACGUCCUCGCGCGUGGUGCCAAGGGGCAGCAGCCCCGCGAGGACCCCCGCGUUCCCGAUUGCCAUCGUGGAGCCAUGGGCAAGGAACAGCAGCUUCCCAUGAGCCACGUUGCCGAGGAGCGCAGUGCUGGCGUUGCACCACGUCGGGAGGGUGGGGAGGGUGCAGCGAUAGAUCCGGCCCGUGUGGUGCGGCAGGUCCAGCAGGCGGUGGAACGUGGGAUCGUGGUCCGUGAACUUGGCGCGUUUAGAGACACAUCCGAUCUCUGUUGUCGGGGAAUUUGUACGCUGUUCGUUCGGAUUUCGUGAUCUUUCCGGCACGAACGAGAUGUUGACAUGGGGAAAAACGAAGGAAGCUGCUCCUCGGUCUAGCCCUUGUCGCUACGGGGUGUGGCAAGUGGCCGAGAGAUGGAAGUAACUUGGUAAGCGCAGCCAGCUCAUGUGUAUGGAAACCCGGAGAGGUCUGCU